AGAGGAACCGAAGGGCGCUGGGAUGCUGUGUCAGGACAUGGCGCUCCCUCAUGUCAUCCUCCUGGCAGGAGUCCUGGUGGAAGUCGCUGGCACAUCCACAGAAAGUGUGGUCCAGCAGCCCGAGUGUUGUGUGGAGGUGGCAGAUGCCAAUGCCACCUGCCCCGGCACAGGCCUGUGCGGUCCAGGCUGCUACCGGCACAGAGCCGAGAACGGGAGCAUCAGCUGCCUCCAAUGCCACAACACCACCUUCCCAGCCACCACCACGAACAGUUCCAGGUGCAGAAGCCCCUCCGGCCGGGGCGGUCCCUUCCCCAUGAACAGGAGCACAGGGACACCUGGGCUGCCAGGUUCUGGGGGCCCCUGGGUGGUCGCCUCGCUCUUCUUGGGGACACUGUUCAUCAGCUCCAGCCUCAUCCUCACCGUGGCCGUGUUCUUCUACCUCAAGCGUGCCAGUAAGCUCCCUGACGUCUGCUAUGGAAGGAACAAAGUCCCAGCCCUGCAGCCCAGUGAAGCCGCUGCGAUGAUCCCCCCGCCACAGUCCUCAGUGCGGAAGCCGCGCUAUGUGAGGCACGAGCGGCCCCCUGACAGGCCCGCUGGCACCUCAGCCAUCCCCUCAGUAGAAGCCCGAGUCAGCAGUGUCUAAACCGGGGGCCAGCCUUCGACUGGACCAGGACAAGCCCUGAAGCCUGAGAGGGCCUGGACUGCACCCUGUGCCCUGUGCACAGAACUGGCAUGGCCAGCCAGGCCCGGCCCUCAUCCACCUCUCGGCAGCAGACGCCACGAGAGAAACCGGUUGUGCCCAGCUCCCCGGAGUCUGUCUUUCCCAACCACUGCUCCUCAGCUGGAAUGACCAGGAGUAGGCACUGCUAUGAUGGAAAGAUUUCAGUCUGGAGGCCGGAGAAAGGCCAUCUGGGCAGCGGGCGUGUGAGCCCCGGGAGGAUAGUCAGAGGGACGCAGGCCAGCGAGGUCCAGGGCCAUCCAGCAGGGGGCAGCUCCAAGCCAGCUGAGGGGCUGGAGUUGGUGGUGGGCAGGCCCUCCCUCCCCCUACACUGUCCCUACUCUCAGCCUGGCCACCAGACUGUCCCAUACCCGGGUGCCUCAUUUGUACCCCAAGGGGCAUGAACUCCCAUUCCAACCUCGCUCUGAGGAGUGAGGCCCCAGCCUUGCCAGCCCUGGCUGCCAGAGAGGGAUGGGGCCCAGGGGACAGUUAGAUGCUACAACACAGAGAAUCGGCGUGAUGCUUCCUCUGCCCUUCAGCAGACAUGCGUUUUAUAGAAAUGUCUUACCACAAGGUGUGUCGCAUCCCCUCCCUCUGCUCCCCACCCGCCACCCCACCUCGGGCAUCUGCCUGGGACAAGGGCAGGUAGAGUGACCCCACCUCGGCAUCCCCAUGCCUGAAAUCCCAUGGCCGUGUUUGCUGUGUCCACUAUGUGGACUGCGCCUGGUUUCCUGGACUCUCCCUGGGCAGAGUGAAUAGGCGCCUUCUGGGAGAGGCAGCGUGGGGCUGGCCUCUGAGGGCCUGUGAUGGCCAGCGGUCCUUGUCCUGGUGGAUCCCCAUCCUGGUGGUGAGUCCCUGUCCUGGGGGAAUGGGUGGCAAACAGCCUGCUGGGCCCUGGUGGAGAAGCCUGAUCUCUGGGCCCUAGGGCUCUCUGGUCACCUCAAAGCCGGCACUACGGGUCUGGAGACAUUUGGUGUCCCCCAGCGUCAGAGUCCUCCGCACUGUGACACCCAUCUAGAGAGUUUUAUUUUUAUACUGUCUACUUUGAUACUUGCUAGUUUCCCAAGACUCAAACUGUGGGUCGUGCGGGUGCAGAGAAUGGGCAUGUCAUUUUAAAACUGGUGUCAAAGCUAUUUGGAGCUUUUCUGUCCUCUUUAAAUGAGGGGGUUUGUUGCUGUUGUUAGUUGCUGUCAAGUCUGUUCCAACUCAUGGUGGUGAAAAUGGUUAAGUGCUGAACUACUAGCUGAAAGGUUCAUGAUUUGAACCACCCAGAGACGCCUCGGAAGACAGGCCUGGCGAUCUGCUUCCCAAAGCUCACAGCCUUGAAAACCCUGCGGAGCAGUUCUACUCGGUGCACACAGGGUUACCGUGAAAUGAGGGAGAGUGAGGCCUGGAAACCCCUGGCCCAGCCCCAGUCCUGCCCACCACCCAGGGAUC